CUCUGUGCUUUCUGACUCGACGAAUCCCCUUCCGAAGGCUGUUAGGCUGAAACUGACCGCUAUACGCGAUCGGAUUCAAGGACAACAAUUCUUUUGCCGACAAGUUGUUACCGCCCUGGGCCUGGAUUGUUUUCCGACAUUGAAAAUCGCUAUGACUAGGCGCUUCUCUGGCGCUAAUCACGGCGGCAACGGUGAUUUUACAGAGUGCCCCAUGCGGUCUCCGAACACUAAACAAAAUGACUCGGAUAUUUGAACGCGUAUAAAAGACUCUGCGCCAGCAUGGCUUUUCUCAUCGUGACGACUCAGCUUCAGCUCCUUCUACACUCAUCUCUAUCAGCAUGUACGCAAAAAGGCUUGCUCUGGUCUCUGUUGCUUCUGGUGCCCUCGGGUCAGCCGUUACGCCUAGCGCACAAUCGACCUGCACGACGGUAGCACAAGGCAUCUUCGUUGGCGAUACGACUGUGUACAGCGACCCGUUCUCUCUUGAGAACGAUACACUCUCUUUCGGCCCUGCAGAGUACUUCCGCAUGCCAGAUGUGGAGUUUCAAGCUUGCACCCCGAACAUUGCGGUGUACUCCAACCAGGAGACAAGCGCGAACGGAACCUACGCAGGUCAUUUAUAUGUUCCUUCAUUGGGUACCUGUCUGGGUGUGGAGGAUAUCUUCAACUCGCCUCCAUACACAGUGACGACUAUGGCGUGCCCGACCGACAACGACAUCAACCAGAGUCGUGCAAGCUGGGUUAUGGUCAAUCAGAAAGUGUACUGGGGCGGCAUUACCUCAGCUGAAGGCCCCAUUUACCAGGGCGGAAACGACUGUUUCGGUCUUGGCUUGUACGGAUACCAAGGCGUGAGCGAGGCUAACGAGGAGGGAAUCCCGGCCGUCAUCGGGACGACACCAUUGGUUUGUGGAAACGGUGCUCACGUUCAUGGGUUCACUAUCGUCGCAGACCCCAAUGCCUGAUCCCACUACCCGUUGCUUACUCUAGUUACUUGGAGGGGUCUUUGCAUCGUUUACCUGAUUUUAUGGUUUCUUGGUUGUUAUUGGUUCAUAUUUUGGGAUCUGCACGUCAAAUAUUGUGGUUUCGUGGUUUGAUAGCCUGUGUUUUCUGUGUUGCGUGAAUCGCAUUCAGGGGUAACUUAACCUCAAC